AUGGAAGAAUCGUAAAAUGAAAAAAAUAAUAAUUCUUCAGAUUACGAUAAUUAAGAAGAUGAAGAUAAUAAUGAUAAAGAUAGAGUAGUAGAAUAAAGUCCAAAAGAAAGAUUUUUAAGGUUUAAUGAAGAAUUAGGAUUUGGAGCAUAUAAAACAGUAUAUAGAGGAUAUGAUAGAGAUUCUGGAUGUGAAGUAGCAUGGAAUGUAUUAAAGUUAUAGAGAUUACCUCCAAAUGAAAGAAAAAGAAUAUUGGAGGAAAUUACAUUAUUAAAAAAUUUACAUCAUCCAAAUAUAAUAAGUUUUGUGAAUGCUUGGAUAAAUAAAGGGAAAAAUGAGAUAGUUUUUAUAACAGAAUGCUUAUCAGGUGGAUCUUUAAAAUAACACUUGAAAAAAAUUGGUAAACCAAAAUUAAAAAUAAUAAAAAAUUGGUGUAGAUAAAUUCUUAGUGGAUUAGUUUAUUUACAUUAACAAAAGCCAUAUUCAAUAAUACAUAGGGAUAUUAAAUGUGAAAAUAUAUUCAUUAAUACCACAAAUAAUGAAAUUAGAAUAGGAGAUUUAGGACUAGCUAUUUCUUUAAAAAACUCUUCACAUACAAGUAGUGUUAUAGGAACUCCAGAGUUUAUGGCACCUGAAAUUUAUGAAGAAAAAUAUGGAACUCCGGUAGAUAUUUAUUCGUUUGGAAUGUGUGUUUUAGAAAUGGCUACUUUAUAAAAACCAUAUAAAGAAUGUACAUCAGCUGCUUAAAUUUAUAGAAAAGUUUCUUAAGGAGUUCUUCCUUCAUAAAUUGAUGAUAUAUAAAAUGAAAAAUUAAAAUAGUUAAUACUAAAGUGUUUAAAUCAUUAUUCAGAUAGACCAACAGCCGAAGAAUUGCUAAAUGAUUCAUAUUUAUGUAGCUAAGACUAAGAAGAAGAUAAAUAUCCUACUACUACUUAAUCAAAAGGAUUCAAAUAUAGAAUAUUUUUAAAGUGA